CUGAUCAAUCACACCCAUUGAUCAUCGAUCAGGGUCUGCGGGUCGGCUUGUGUUACAUAAGCAGCUGCGGCUGUGUCAGAGGGAGACGACUGUAAGAGAACGACGACACUGAUGACGAGAGGCAGGAAUUUACACUCUGCUGGAAGUUUCCACAUGAGCGAUCUGCUCUUGGUCGGAGGAGUCGAGGACGUCUCCUCUUCCUCCUCCUCCUCCUCCUCCUUGCAGGACGACUCCGGGUUACCGCGGCGAUGCCAGGGACGCUCCCCAGGUUUCCCAGCAUGCCCGCCUUGUUCGGAUCGCUACCCAGAGGGGUCAGCUCGCCCAGUUUACCACGAGGCGUGACCAUGCCCAACCUGCCCACUUUGCCCACUUUACCCAGUUUACCCAGUUUUCCCAGUUUACCCAGCAUGCCCCGAAGUGUGACCAUGCCCAGCCUGCCCAGGGGGUUGUCGCUGCCGAGAGCUGUCUCCAUGCCGACCGUGUCCCUGGCUCAUCGGAGGCUGCUGCGGGACUGCUGCUCCGUGCUGGACCAUCAGACGCCUGGAGGUCUGUGCGGCUGCUGCUGGGCGUUACGUCCUCGCUACAAGAGGCUGGUGGACAAUAUUUUCCCAGAAGACCCUGAGGAUGGGCUUGUGAAAGUCAACAUGGAGAAGUUGACGUUCUUCGCUCUGUCAGCUCCAGAGAAACUGGAUCGUAUUGCUGCGUAUCUGUCAGAGCGUCUGACCAGAGAACUCAACCGCCACCGCUACGGGUACGUUGUCAUAGCGAUGGAGGCGUUGGAGCAGCUGCUGUUGGCCUGUCACUGUCAGAGCAUCAACCUGCUGGUGGAGAGCUUCCUCAGUACGCUGCGUCUGCUGCUGGAGGCCGACAGGCCACACCUCCACAUCCUCGCCACCAGCUCUUUUGUGAAGUUCGCCAACAUUGAGGAGGACACGCCGUCGUACCAUCGCAGCUACGACUUCUUCGUGUCUCGCUUCAGCCAGAUGUGUCACUCGGAACACGAAGACGCCGACACCAGGAACAAGAUCCGGGUGUCAGGGAUCCGUGGUCUGCAGGGCGUGGUCAGGAAGACGGUGGACGACGAACUGCAGGUAAACAUUUGGGAACCUCGUCACAUGGAGCAGAUUGUCCCCGCCCUGCUGGUCAACCUGCAGCAGCACACACACACCAACAGCGAGUCUCCAGCAGAGCAGACUGAAGUGUGUUUCCGGGAGCUGUUGUGUCGAGCUGCUUAUGGACACAUCAACAACGCCAUCAGACCAGUACUCAUGCAUCUGGACAGUCACAGACUUUGGGAAGGACGAAGUUUUGCUGUUCGGUGUUUUCAGAUCAUCAUGUACUCGAUCCAGUCCCAACACUCCCACCUGGUGAUCCAGCAGCUGUUGGGUCACCUGGACGCCAACAGUCGCAGUCCGGCAUCGGUGCGAGCCGGGAUCGUGGAGGUUCUGUCGGAGGCCGCCGUCAUCGAGGCGACAGGAUCUGUGGGUCCCACGGUGCUCGAGGUGUUCAACACACUGCUGCGGCAGCUCAGGCAGAGCGUCGACUACCAGCUGACUGGUUACUAUGACAACACGGGACAACACGAAACCACCUCGGCCGAGGAGAAAACGCUGCAGGACAGCGUCAUCAAGACGAUCGGGUCCUUCGCCAACACGCUUCCUGUUUACCAGAGGUCAGAGGUCAUGCUGUUCAUCAUGGGGAAGAUCCCCGUUCCUGGUAUCUACCCCGCCCUGGGGUCCCCCAACGCCGGGUUUGAAGGAAGCAGAAUGAUCCAGGUUAUGCUGUUGAAGUCUCUGCUGCAGGUGUCGGAGCGUUAUGAAAGCAGUAACCUGCUGAUGGCGCUGCCCUCGUCCUUCCUGGAGCCGCUGCUGUCCUUCACUCUGAUGGAGGAGCCCGAGAUCCGUCUGCUGGUUCUGUCCAUCCUCACCUCGCUCAUCGACCGGCGCCAAAACGCCGCCAGACUCCACCCGGCCAGCGUGACGUUUGAUGUGUCAGUGUUGGAGCUGAAGGACGACUCGUGCUCUCGGCAGGACGUCCUGUUCAUGAGGAAGCACGCUCAGCGUCUCUACAGACACGUCUACCUCACCUGUAAAGAGGAGAGCAGUGGGCGGAGCCACUAUGAGGCUCUCUUCACCCUAUUGGCCGUCCUGAGUGUGGAACUGGCCAAUGAAGAGGUGUUGGUAGACCUGAUGCGAUUGGUCCUGGCUCUGCAGGAGCUGGCGUUGUCAAAUCACGAGAGUCUCUCUGUGUUCAACCGCUGCGGCGUUCACGCGGUCUGUGCUGCCUCCCUCAGCCUGCUGUCACGGCUUGGCCCGCCUCCGCCCCUGCACCUACACGUCACACAGGUCAUAGAGAGUCGUCAGCAGGAAGCUCGUCACCUGCUGCCUCAUCACGUCCUCUGUGACCAGCCCAGUCUACCUGAGGGUGAGCUGAAAGUGGACGACUCUCUUCUCUUCGUCCAAUCAAAGAUGUGCGAGGCUCUGACAGGAAGCAGCUACAGCUCCGAACGCAUCAACACACCAUACACACCUCAGCUCACAGAUGAGGAUCGUCUGUCGAAGAGGAAAAGUAUUGGAGACGUUGUCUCUCUGCAGAUGGACAUGGACCCACAGUUCUGUCUUGAUGCUCAGCAGAAACCUCCAACGGAUCAGAUCACCUUUGAGACUCUGAAGAACGCCAUCGACGACAGAGGAGGCGAGGAGGAGGAGGAGAGGAGGAAGAGGAGGCGCGUGGUGGAGCGGUUUCAGACGGCGCCGUUCGAGGAAAUCGCCGCUCACUGCGGAGCGAAGACGUCGUCUCUUCAGUCGAGACUCGAUCAGGUCUUCGAGUUGAUCAUCCGUCCUCCUCCGUCUCCGUCCGGACACUCGCCGCCUCGCUCCACGCCGCUCUACGAGAUGAAGUUCCCCGACCUGUGUGUCUACUAGAAGCACACACACACACACACACACUCAGCCAUGAAUUAUUAUUAAUCUGUGGAAGCGCUUUCCUCAGUUAGUGUGACAUGUUAGGAGAGGACACGAGGUAGGGAAUGGAAGAAGGAGGUACAAUGGUUGGAUUAAAUGAAAAUAUAUAACAUGAUGGCUGAUUUUAUUGUUAUGUUUUGUCUCUGCAUCCUCAUUUGAUUUAUUGAUUAUUGAUUAUCGACUGUUUCCUGUUUUGUGUCUGUGAGAUAUUUGUCACUUCUCCUCAGUUCGAUCGUCAGAGGUCAAUCUGUUCACCAAGCAGAGGACUGCUCUAAUAAAAUGUUACUGUAAA